AUGAAUGCUAUUGCACAGAAAUUCACACAUUCCAAUACCAAUAGUGUGCUUAAAGAAAUAAAUGAAGCGAAGUCUGAAUUUGCAGAAAAUGCCCAAUUAGAUUUGGCCCCAUCUAUCCAAUUACCACCUAUUUCACAACCAACCGACUUUUUAAGAGCACACACUGAUGAUGCCAGUAAUCCGGACUGUAAGAUUAAGAUUGCACAUGGUACCACAACAAUGGCUUUUAGAUUCCAAGGGGGAAUUGUUGUUGCUGUUGAUUCGAGGGCCACCCAAGGUAACUGGAUUGCAUCGCAGACGGUUAACAAGGUUAUCAGAAUCAAUCCUGAUUUGUUAGGUACCAUGGCUGGUGGUGCUGCUGACUGUCAAUACUGGGAGACCUGGUUAGGUACCCAAUGUAGAUUACAUGAAUUAAGAGAAAAGGAACGUAUUUCUGUUGCUGCGGCGUCUAAGAUUUUAAGUAACUUGGUCUAUGAAUACAAGGGAAUGGGCUUAUCUAUGGGUACAAUGAUUUGUGGUUACACUAAGAAAGAGGGCCCAACCAUCUACUACGUUGAUUCCGAUGGGUCAAGAUUGAAGGGUGAAAUGUUCUGUGUUGGUUCGGGUCAAACAUUCGCAUACGGUGUUUUGGACUCCGAGUACAGAUGGGACUUGUCGGUCGAAGAGGCGUUAUAUUUAGGCAAGAGAAGUAUUUUGGCUGCUACUCACAGAGAUGCAUACUCAGGUGGUUCUGUCAACUUGUACCAUGUCACCGAAGCCGGCUGGGUCUACCAUGGAAACCACAAUGUUGGUGACAUCUUCUGGGACAUCAAAGAAAAGGAAAAGUCGUUCAACAAUGUGGACGGUUAA